UUCAUUUUCAAGUCAGAUGUUUGGCUGCUGCUCUGUCCCCUGCAACAAGGAGCCAUGCCAGCUGGACACACACUUCUUCCGGGGCCUCUGGCAGCCAGGACAGAGUUGAGACCACAGCUGUUGAGACCCUGAGCCCUGAGUCUGUGUUGCUCAAGAAGGGCCUCCCCCAGCAAUGACCUCCUCAUUGCUUCUGGCCUUUCUCCUCCUGGCUCCAACCACAGUGGCUACUCCCAAAGCUGGCGGUCAGUGUCCAGCAUGUGGAGGACCCACCUUGGAACUGGAAAGCCAGCGGGAGCUGCUUCUUCAUCUGGCCAAGAGAAGCAUCUUGGACAAGCUGCACCUCAGCCAGCGCCCAACACUGAACCGCCCUGUGUCCAGAGCUGCUUUGAGGACUGCACUGCAGCGCCUCCACGGGGUCCCACAGGGGGCACUUCCGGAGGACAACAGGGAACAGGAAUGUGAAAUCAUCAGCUUUGCUGAGACAGGCCUCUCUACCAUCAACCAGACUCGUCUUGAUUUUCGCUUCUCCUCUGAUAGAACUGCUGGUGACAGGGAGGUCCAGCAGGCCAGUCUCAUGUUCUUUGUGCAGCUACCUUCCAAUACCACUUGGACCUUGAAAGUGAGGGUCCUUGUGCUGGGUCCACAUAAUACCAACCUCACCUUGGCUACUCAGUACCUGCUAGAGGUGGAUGCCAGUGGCUGGCAUCAGCUCCUCCUGGGGCCUGAAGCUCAAGCUGCCUACAGCCAGGGGCACCUGACCCUGGAGCUGGUACCUGAAGGCCAGGUAGCCCAGAGCUCAGUCAUCCUGGGUGGAGCUGCCCAUAGGCCUUUUGUGGCAGCCCGGGUGAGAGUUGGGGGCAAACACCGGAUUCACCGACGAGGCAUCGACUGCCAAGAAGGGUCCAGGAUGUGCUGUCGACAAGAGUUUUUUGUGGACUUCCGUGAGAUUGGCUGGCACGACUGGAUCAUCCAGCCUGAGGGCUAUGCCAUGAACUUCUGCAUAGGGCAGUGCCCACUACAUGUAGCCGGCAUGCCUGGUAUUGCGGCCUCCUUUCACACUGCAGUGCUCAAUCUUCUCAAGGCCAACACAGCUGCAGGCACCACUGGAGGGGGCUCAUGCUGUGUACCCACAGCCCGGCGCCCCCUGUCUCUGCUCUACUAUGACAGGGACAGCAACAUUGUCAAGACUGACAUACCUGACAUGGUAGUAGAGGCCUGUGGGUGCAGUUAG